AUGAGCCCUGAACGCAGUAAAUAUGCUUCCACAAUUUUGGUGGACAAACAGCCUCUCGAGGCGACCGAGAUUAUUCGUUUGCGACUUUCGCAAGCCAAACUCGUAAACAAACAGUUCUUCUUGAUGUUUCGCGAACUAUCGGAGCUGAAACGUUACCAGGCGCAACAGUUACGUAAAAUCAUUGCCAAGAAUGAGGACUUGAACAAGCUUUUGAUGCGGGACAUGCUUGAAAGUCGAGUAUUGACAUCGGACGAGUUGCGGGACUUUCGGUUUGACUCCCUGGGCCAAUUGACAGGACUGUGGGACGGCAUCCUCGAUGGACUGAAAACGGAAUUGCAAUCCAGCACUGACCUGUACCACCUUCUUGAUCAAAACAUUGCGGCCAAUCUCAAAGAGUCGACGGAAAGGGAUCCUUUAUGGUUACAGAGCAGAAAACUGCACUCUGGUCUCUGCAGAGUAGCAGCAGAACACGAUCAACUCACGCAACAAGAAAAUGCUGGCUUGGAAUCCAUAGACGCGGGAAGACUGAGCGAAAUAAACGAUCAAUGGGACGCAAAAGCUGCUGGUCUUUUUGAGAUUUUCGAAGAAACCGAUUACAGACGGCUUCUCGAGCUGCAAGACUGCGUUUCCAAGUACGAAAGCGGGCUGAUUGACUUCUGCAAUCAAAAUAGAGAGGCCAGUGAGAAGACAAUGGCUCGCGUCUUGGACUUCGACGCAGAGGGCGAGAUCGACAGAUUUGCCCAGGCAGCGCUGGCUUACGAUUUCAAGUUCGAAGUUCCAGGUGUCAACGAAUCCAGCAAUAAACCUCUGACAGCGAGCUCCAACGCUGCUUACACCUCAUCCGAUACCGGCACUAAGCAAGGAAAGUCCGUCAAGAGUGGUCAUGGGGCCUUGGGAGGACUCGCCAAUAGACUCUCAUCCUCAGGCACUGUUGUCAAGCAUGACCUAAUGAAAUCUGAGUUUUCUGAUUCUGUCAACAACGAUACGCUCAAAAGUAAGCAAUCUACAAGCAAGUUGAAGUCGAAGAUGGGCUCGAUCUUUGGGCGGAAAAAGUUGAAGAAUAAAAAAUCUGGUAGGCUGCAGGAAAGCGCUAUCACCGAAAAUGAGGGUUCCUCAGUGCGUACAGAUGACUCGAACCGGAAUGGCAGUGCUAAUGUGACCUCAAAUUCUGACUCUCAAAUUUACACCUCGCACGCCACGGACGAGACCUCCCAUAACCUGCAGGAGCCCGAAGUACACCCUCCUAAGCCGAAAAUCGCUGGGACAAGCUCUACUUUGUCCAUCAACCAGCCAUCUUUAAAACCACAGCCCAGAACUAGAACCAACACUGGCGACUUGCGGAGUCCCGAUAUCGCGACUCCUACGCGCGAUGGCGGCGUUCUAGGUGCUGCAAUCAACUCGAAACUUUUAGAAGCGGGAACCCCCGAGUCCAAUCUUGUAACUAACGAAGGCGCACCAACUACUACUCAGCCCAUUCAUAUUCAAGCUCCUCAGGUUCCUGCGCCACCACCCUCUCGGAAGACUGGUCUUCUCGUAGCACCCAAAUUUGUCAGAGAGGCACACGGCUCUGUUCCCACUCCAGCGCCAGGCACGAGACGUGCUGACAUACAAUCAAGGCUUUUCACGGAUCUGUCUCAAGCUGACAUUGACGCGCAGCAAAAUAAACGCCAGUCGUCCAUUGCUUCUCAAAUGACUGGGGAACUGAAAGCUUUGAAUCCGCAAGUCACGGGUUCCUCCGUAUCGGUUCCAGCAAGCACAGGUCAAUCGAUAUUCCAUCAUUCAGAGCUCACGUCUUUUGGUCUCAACGCCAGCGUGGCCGAGGUCAUAAACGCUACUUUUCAAGGUGGGGUUUUGAAAUCCUCGCAACUCAUUGGUGAAAUUGCGCUGAAUUUCGUUGCCGACAGCGAUACUUUGCCAAUCGACAUCAACCUUAGAAUGAGGAAUUUCGAAAAUGUCGAAAAGGUUAUUGUCAACCAUGCAUUUAUAGAGCAAGUUGAGCCCGAUACCUUUAAAGUCAACCCACAGUUCAUUGAUUCAAAGACAUUGGGCGCUUUCAAGUAUGCCCUUCCAGAGCCAGCUGCACCCAUUGUGAUUUACCCAGUAUGGAGAUUCGAGGACCACCAAUCAAGCGUCGCACUGACUCUCAGCAUCGGACCCACGGUCGACGAGUCUAUUCAACAAUUAGUUGUCGAGGACCUUGUCGUGUUCGUUGCGAUCGAAGGUGCUGUUCCUACAAGCGCACUUUCAAAGCCCCAGGGUUCUUUUAGCAAAGAGAAGAAGAGAAUUACUUGGAGAUUUAAAGAGCCCAUCACGCUUCACAGAGGUGGCGAAGAACGGUUAAUUGCGAGAUUCUUAACAGCUGGAAAGGCCUUCGAAUCGCCAAAGGGCGUGGGGGCCAAGUUUACAAUCAAAAACAACUACUCAGGAAGUUCAUUUCAGUUAGAGAGCCGGGAAGUUGAUGUUUCCGAUCCUUUUGCAGCAGACGCUACUUGGAAACCGGUCAACUCAAAGAGAACUCUAGUAGCUGGGAAUUAUAUGGGGCUAUCAUAG